UAUUAUUUCCUCUCGAUAAAGUUAAAUAAUUUUAUUCUAGAAAUUUCUAUCAAAAAAUUUUCUUAACAGGUGCUUUGUAAAACCAAAACAAAGUUUUGUAGUUUUCCUAUAUGUGUUUUCUGUAUUCGUCACUACACAAAUUCACAAUAAUCACCAGACGACACACUGAACUGUUUUCCCCACAUCAUACCUCCUCUUCUUCGAAAAAACCCAACAACUCGUUGUCGUUCUUCUCACUCACUCACACUACCCUUCAACACUACAGCUACAACUAUACACCACAUUCAGCUUCGAAAUUGAAAUUUCUUGCAAGAAUAAAAAUUUCUAAAAUGGCCGUACAAGUCGAUAUUGGUGUUGGAUGUGUCUCAUUAUACAGUUACUUUUGCCAAAUAUUUUACCACCAUUCAAACUCAAAAUAAAAUAAAAACAAAACAAUAAAACCCAACAAAACAAGUGCAUUAAAUUAUCAAUUCAAUAAAAUUUAUUUAAAUAAUUGAGAAUUUUUCAUAAGAAAUACGAACAAGAAAAAAAAAUUAAUUUUAAUUUUCAACAAGAAGAAAAAAAAAACCAACUCUGGGUUGUAUGUGGUACGAGUGUGUGUGUGUGUAUAUAUAUGACUGUAUGCAUGACUAUUGUGAAUGAAACCUACCUAGUAUACCAUCACCGAACCGACCCAGCGCAGCGCGUAGCUUCAUGUUCGAAAAAUAAAAACGAAAAAAAAAAAAAAUUAAAUUCGCCACUCUCGUAUGACAAAAUGGCGUCCAAGAUGAAAAGUUGAAAGACCAUUGAAAAUUUUUGCUUUGUUGGAGAUUUUUCUAAUUUUCAAAUUUAAAUAAAUAAAAAGUGCAUAAAAAUCAACAAAAAUUAUCACAAUCAAACCGAUUAAUUGUAUUCUAUCAAUUUAAUUGAUUUUUACUUGAAUGUUUAAUGUCUGCGAUAAGGAAAAUUAAUUUUCUUCAAUUAUAUCAUGAACCAGGAAAACGAUGAAUCCUUCAAUAGUGUUGGAUCGGAGGAAAACGAUGAUAAUCGUGGAAACAACAAUUUGUCAGCAAGUAGCAGUUCAUCCGGAUCAGAUAGUGAUUCGGAUAGUUCCUCGUCGAGUUCUGGAGGAUCUAGUGAUCGAAGUUCGAGGGGAAGAAGAUCUCCAGCGCCAGCAGAUGCUGCCAAUGACAAUGCUGAGUCUGAGGCACCGUCAACUCACGAGAAAUCGCACAAUGACGAUGACAACGAGGACACACAUCAGCAGGAACAAGAUGACACAAAGACCAAUGGAUUCUCUGAAGAGGAUUCCGAUGAUUCGGAGGAAGAGAAUACAGCGGUAAAUGGAGAAAAGGAUACAUCGCGUUCUAAUGACUCUGAUUCGAAUGAUGAAGACGAUCAAGCUGACAAAGAAAGUGACGAUGAUGAUGAUGGUGAACGAGAUGGCAGUGAGAAGGAAGAUGAGAAUACUGUCAAUAAUAAUGUUUCAAAUGAUUCAUCCGGUUCGGAGAAGUCAGAGGAGGAGAAGUCUUCAUCGGAAAAGUCGAGUAGUAGUGAAGAAGAAGAAGACUAUCGACCGAAGAAACCAUCUCGAGUAGCUAGAAAACCUGCGAUGACUUCUAGUUUACCUCCUAAGAAAACUAAAAGGAAGAAACAAAAUUGGGAAUCAGAAAGCAGUGAUAGUGAUGAUGAUAGUGAUCAUAGCUCAGGGAGAAGAAAUCAUAAUAACAAUCGUAAGCAGAAACGAAAAAAGAAUCAUUAUUCGACGGAUGAUAGUGAAGAUGAUGCUAAAAGAUUUGGUACUCGUAGAGCUGCAGCUGCGGUUAGUUACAAAGAAGCUAGUGAAGAUGAUAAAACCGAUUCCGAAGACUUACUCGAAGUUGAGUAUGGUGAUGAGACAAUUCCAGCUCUGGAUGCCAAUGUUGAAGAAGAAAAAUGUGAAACUAUCGAACGCAUCGUGGCGAGGAGAAAUGGAAAGAAAGGUGUCACUGGCAAUCCCACCACAAUCUAUGCAAUCGAAGAGAAUGGUGAUCCGAAUGAGGGUUGCAAUGAAGAUGAUACUGAAAACACUGAGGUGCAAUAUUAUAUCAAAUGGAAAGGCUGGUCAUACAUUCAUAAUACAUGGGAAUCGGAGGCAUCAUUGCGAGAACAAAAAGUCAAAGGCAUGAAAAAGCUUGAUAAUUUUAUCAAACGCGAACAAGAUAUCGACUAUUGGCGCAAAUAUGCCGGUCCCGAGGACAUUGACUACUUUGAAUGUCAACUGGAAUUGCAGAAUGAUCUGCUAAAGAGUUACAAUAACAUCGAUAGAAUAAUUGCAAAGAAUGAGAAGCCCGAUGGGACAUCUGAAUAUCUGUGUAAGUGGCAAUCUUUGCCUUAUUCGGAGGCAACCUGGGAAGAUGGAAGUUUAGUCAUGAAAAAGUGGCAACAAACUGCCCAAGAGUUCACAGAUCGUGAACUCUCCAAGUGUUCGCCAUCGCGGCACUGCAAAGUCUUGAGAAACCGGCCAAAGUUCUACAAGAUGAAAUCUCAGCCCGACUACCUGGCAGAAGGUUUAGUACUUCGAGAUUAUCAGAUGGAUGGUGUAAAUUGGUUGAUACACUCGUGGUGUAAAGAAAACUCGGUGAUUUUGGCUGACGAAAUGGGUCUGGGAAAGACCAUCCAAACAAUAUGUUUCCUGUACUCUUUGUUCAAGGGUCACCAUUUGUAUGGACCGUUUUUGUGUGUUGUCCCACUCAGUACAAUGACUGCAUGGCAACGUGAAUUUAUUCUCUGGGCGCCAGAUAUGAACGUUGUAACUUAUCUUGGUGAUGUCAAGUCCAGAGAAAUGAUUCGGCAAUUCGAGUGGUCAUUUGACGGUUCGAAAAGGCUCAAAUUCAACACAAUUCUCACCACAUACGAGAUUGUUCUCAAAGAUAAAGCAUUUUUGGGAAGCCUUCAGUGGGCGGCUUUGCUGGUAGACGAAGCGCAUCGUCUCAAGAACGACGAUUCACUCCUAUACAAAAGUCUCAAGGAAUUUGAAACAAAUCAUAGGCUGCUGAUCACAGGCACACCGCUACAAAAUUCCCUCAAAGAGCUGUGGGCUCUUCUGCAUUUUAUUAUGCCACAGAAAUUCGACACAUGGGAGAAUUUCGAAAUUGAACAUGGAAACGCUGCCGAUAAGGGUUACACAAAGCUGCACGAGCAGUUGGAGCCAUAUAUCCUGCGACGAGUCAAAAAAGAUGUCGAAAAGAGUCUGCCGGCCAAGGUGGAGCAAAUAUUGCGUGUGGAAAUGACAUCAGUCCAGAAACAGUACUACAAGUGGAUUUUAACGAAAAAUUUUAACGCUUUGCGCAAAGGUACCAAAGGUUCCACAAGUACUUUCCUCAAUAUUGUGAUUGAGUUGAAGAAGUGUUGCAACCAUGCCGCACUUAUACGUCCUUCGGAAUUCGAGCUGGCCGGCAUGUUGCAGGACGAAGCACUGCAAACACUGCUCAAGGGUUCCGGCAAAUUGGUUCUACUCGAUAAGCUGCUGUGCCGAUUGAAAGAAACCGGUCACAGGGUGCUGAUCUUCUCCCAGAUGGUCCGGAUGCUGGACAUUUUGGCCGAUUACCUGCAGAAGAGGCACUUUUCAUUCCAACGUCUGGACGGCAGUAUUAAAGGUGAAAUGCGACGUCAAGCACUCGAUCAUUUCAAUGCCGAGAACAGUACAGAUUUCUGUUUUCUCCUCUCAACGCGAGCGGGAGGAUUGGGUAUUAACUUAGCCACCGCUGAUACUGUGAUUAUAUUUGAUUCCGAUUGGAAUCCGCAAAACGAUUUGCAAGCUCAAGCGAGAGCACAUCGAAUCGGUCAAAAGAAUCAGGUUAACAUUUAUCGGCUUGUAACGGCGCGAUCUGUUGAAGAGAAUAUUGUGGAGCGAGCGAAACAAAAGAUGGUCCUCGAUCACUUGGUUAUCCAGCGGAUGGAUACGACGGGCAGGACGGUUUUGGAUAAGAACAGCUCAUCGACAAGUACUCCCUUCAAUAAAGACGAUCUGUCGGCGAUUUUGAAAUUCGGUGCCGAGGAGUUGUUCAAGGACGAACAGGAGAACGAUGAUGAUUUGGUUUGUGAUAUCGAUGAGAUUUUGCGACGUGCCGAAACCCGCAACGAAGACCCUGAGAUGCCGGGCGAUGAUCUGCUGUCGGCAUUUAAAGUGGCGAGUAUUGUUUCGUUUGAGGAAGAACCAGACACAACUAAAGCGGAAGCUAAUGAUGAUCCUAACAACGAAGAUACUAAAGACUGGGACGAUAUUAUUCCUGAGGACUUCCGCAACACGAUACAAAGUGAAGAGAGGAAUAAGGAAAUGGAAGAUCUCUACUUGCCACCCCGUAGGAAGGUGGCCAUGAAUGCUGGGGAUACGCCGCGGCAGCGAAAGAACAGUAAAAAGGAUGAUUCUGAGACAGAUGAGGGUAGUGAUGCGAGCGGAGAUGAUCGGCCGAAGAAGAGAGGUCGUCCUCCAGUGAAGGAAAAGAUUAUAGGUUUUACCGAUGCCGAAUUGAGGCGAUUUAUAAAAAGCUACAAGAAAUUCCCUUCACCCCUUGAUAGAUUAGAGGCAAUAGCAUGUGAUGCAGAAUUGCAAGAAAAGCCUUUAGCUGAGCUGAGGCGGAUUGGACAAAUGCUGCACGAUCGAUGUGUGCAAUUCUUAGAGGAGCACAAAGAUGUUGAUGUGCCAAAACCUGUAUCGGCGGGUGAGGAAGCGGCAAAGAAAAAGAGUCGAGCCACAUAUUCAUUGAAAUUCGGCGGUGUUUCUUUCAAUGCCAAGACUCUAUUGUCCUGUGAAGAGGAGCUGAAACCAUUGAAUACGAUAAUUCCAGCUGCGGCGCAAGAUCGUCUUGCGUGGCAACUAGAUGUUAAGACGCGACCGGCGAAUUUCGAUGUCGAAUGGGCGAAAGAAGAAGACUCCAGACUGUUGUGUGGAAUCUAUCAAUACGGAAUUGGUUCAUGGGAAGCAAUGAAAAUGGAUCCAUCGUUGAACCUUACCGAAAAAAUUCUUCCAAAUGACUCAAAGAAACCGCAAGCCAAGCAUUUACAAUCGAGAGCCGAAUACCUGCUGAAAAUUAUAAAAAAGAAUGUCGAGCUAAAGAAGGGCGUAACGCGACAAAAGCGAACGAGAAAACCGAAAGAACCUAAAGCGGAUGUGAAAAAGUCAAAUUCGGAAUCGAUUGCCGCUGAGGAUGUGUCAAUGGGUGGAGCCUCCGAAACAGAUAAAAAACAAAAAGCUAAAGAACCCGCGGAAGCUACCGAUGCACCGGAUACAUCUGCUGGCAAAACACCUGCUGCUGCUGCGUCUGAAGAAGCUGCUCCAAAGAAAACAAGAACAAAAAAAGCCAACAAAGAACAGAAAAAGUCCAAGAAGAAAGACUCGGAAAAUAAACCAAUGCACUUUACAGCGAACAAUGAACCCAGAGCACUGGAAGUACUCGGAGAUUUAGAUCCGAAUAUUUUCAACGAGUGCAAGGAGAAAAUGCGACCUGUAAAGAAGGCUCUAAAAGCACUGGAUCGUCCUGAUUCAACACUAUCCAACCAAGAACAGGUCAACCACACUCGAGAAUGUUUGCUGAGUAUAGGCAAACAAAUCGACGUGUGUCUGAAUGAAUACAAGGAUCCGGAUAAGGUUAAGGAAUGGCGAAGUAAUUUGUGGUACUUUGUGUCGAAAUUCACAGAGUUUGAUGCGAAAAAAUUGUUCAAACUGUACAAGCAUGCGCUCAAAUUGAGCGAAGAAGGUGGCAAGAAGAAGAAGUCGUCAGCGACGACGACAGCGGCAGUAGCCGACAGUUCAGCUGCACCUAGUGCUGCUGGCGGUAAAGCCUCUGCAAAGAAAGAAAAGAAUCAGAACGGCAAAUCAACGGCAAAGAGUGCGAAGUCACCUGGAAAGAAAAAGAAGAAGGAAAAGGAUAAAGAAGCUAAGGAGGCAGCAGCAAAGACGGACCUUGCAGCUGCAAAAGAUAAAAAGAAUCGUGCAGCGGCGGCAGCUGCAGUAGCCUCAGCAAUGGCACUCAGUACAUCAUUGAAUUCAAACAGCGAUUCUCCGCCAAAGCGUAAACGUGGAGACAGCGAAGGUGAUUCGAAGAACUUUAAGAGAGCCAAUAUGGAUGGAAGAAGUCGAGAUAGUCGCGAAAAGGACGAACGAAAAAAACGUGAUGAUUACUUUGGUGGCGGAUCGAAUAAUCCCGAAACACCCAAUCGUGACAGAAGAAACUCAAUUACAUCUCCGACAACACCUAAUAAUCGAACACAUCCAGGCUCGAAUCAACGAAUGCCCGGCGGUUAUUCAGAUGGCCGAACAAACUCACCGUAUGUUGAAUCAGAUCGAUGGAAUCAUAGAGAAAGAUAUAACAGUGGGGGUGACUUCAAUAAGAGAGGUGGUGGUGGUGAUCGUUAUGAUGGUUACAGUGGUAGAAAUAAUCAUCAACAUGGCUAUCACAGAGAUCAUCGAGACCGAGACAGAGAUCGUGAUAGAAGACCUGAAAAACGAAGAUAUCAACAAUCCCAUCCGCCUUCUCAAAACUAUGCUGGUCAUUAUAUGCCGCCUCAAAACUAUUACAUGGCGAAUGGUGUUCCUCAACCUAAUGCACCGCCUCCACAUGGCUACCGAGACAACAGAUAUCCCCCGCAACCAAAUGAUUGGCCGCGAGACGGCCGAAUGCUUGACUAUCCGCCUGAUUAUCGUCGCGGUGGAGGAGGUGGAAAUGGUGGCGAUUAUGACAGACGUCCUCCUCAAACGUAAAAGUUGAACUCUGCCUCCUUCUUCAUCCAUCACCCAUUAACCCACAAAAAAAAAAAUCAAAACACCACAAACUCUCAUUUCAAACUAAAAAAAAGAACUUUUUGCAUAGUUACUAUUUAAUAAUUCUUCAUGCAUAAACAACACACAACUAUAAGAAACAAUUAAAAAAUAUUAUUUAAUUUAAAUUUAUUUAGUUAUAAAAAAGUUCUAAGGGUCUCUUUCAAUCCACAUAAAUAUGCACUCACAGACGCUACACAACCUGUUGUAAUCUGUCUGUGUCCUAGAGGAGCUGCAAUUUUAAGAUUAUUUGUAUAAAUAUUAAUUUCUUACUAAAAAUGAAUAAUAACGGUAGUCUGAGUAAAAUAUUCAAAAACUAGCAAAAAAAAAAAAAAAAAUUGAA